GAAAUUAGAUUUGACAUUGUUGAACAGAGCUGAGCCGCCAUUACAGGGUGUCGCAUCUCUGCAGAAAAAUAAACGUUUGGAGUAUUUGAAGAAAUCAAGAGAAAAGACAUAAACUUGGUGAGUCCUGCUGUGAAAAAUUACUUCAAUAACAAAUGGCUGAGAGAGCUCUUCUUGAAAGUUUCCUGAGCUGCCAUGUGUGUUCAGAGACUUUCAGAGAUCCUGUGUCUCUGAGCUGCAACCACAGAUUCUGUUCAAGCUGCCUGAAAAAAUUCUGGGAACAAGCUAAAAACAAAAAUUGUCCCAUUUGUAAAAGAAAAUCCUCAAAGGAUUCUCCACCAGUGGACUUUGCUCUGAAGGAACUGGCUGAUUCUUUUGCUGGCAGACAGAAAUCUGGAUCAUCUGAGGCAGAAAAAGGAGAGAAGAAGGUGGAGGUGGUGUGUAGUAAACAUCCAGAAGAGACUAAAUUAUAUUGUGAGGACGAGCAGAGAGCUGUGUGUCCUGUCUGUGAGUUUUCUCUCCACCAGAGUCACAAGGUGGUUCCUGUAGAACAAGCAGUCAGUGAGCUGAAGGAGCAGCUGAAAUCUGACUUAAAGUCUCUACAGGACAAGAGGAACAAAUACAAACAAGUGGAGAAAACAUACAAUGAAGUGAUUGAACACUCCAAGAAGCAGCUGAUGUCCACAGAGAGGCAGAUCAGAGCAGAGUUCAACAAGCUCCACCAGUUCCUGAAAGAGGAAGAGGAGUCCAGACUGGCAGCUCUGAGGGAGGAAGAGGAGCAGAAGGGGAAGACUGUCAGCAGAGAGAUGAAGAUGAUUGAGGAGCAGCUCUCCUCUCUGUCAGACAGUAUCUGUGCUGUUGAACAAGAGCUGCAGAAACACAACGUGCCAUUCCUCAGCAGUUAUAAAGCCACUCAGACCAGAGCCAGAGUCCAGUGCUCACUGUCAGAUCCACAGCUGGUCUCAGGAGCGCUGAUAGAUGUGGCCAAACACCUGGGCAACCUGUCCUUCAGAGUCUGGGAGAAGAUGAAGGACCAGGUCCACUUCAGUCCUGUCAUUCUGGACCCAAACACUGCAAACCGCUGUCUCUAUCUGUCUGAUGAUCUGAUCAGUGUGAGACAGGAAGACACAGACCAGCAGCUUCCUGACAAUCCAGAGAGACACACCAUCUAUACCCAUGUUUUUGGCUCUGAGGGCUUCAGCUCAGGGAAACACAGCUGGGAGGUGGAGGUGGGAGAUCAUCCUUGCUGGCUUGUAGGUUUGGUUAAAGAGUCAGUUGACAGGAAGGGAGAUGUACCUGCUUCGCCAAAAUAUGGAAUCUGGUGUUUAUUGCAACGCGGUGGAAAAUACACUAAUGGUGAUGGUGAGACUGUCAGAGUGAAGAAGAGUCUCCAGAGGAUCAGAGUCCAGCUGGACUAUGACAGGGGGGAGGUGUCCUUCUACAACCCUGAAGACAUGACUCACAUCUACACUCUCAGAGACACUUUCACUGAGAAACUCUUCCCAUAUUUCGGUAUUGGAAAUGCUGGUGAUGCUAAAACUGCUGAUAUCAAAAUCUGUCAGACUGAUAUUUCUCUGUCAUGUUCAGGAAUGUGAAUUGAACUUGACAACUUUUAUCUUUAAUGUCACUGUAUCAUGAUUGUUAGAGGUUAAUUAGACUCUAAAAUCUUAAUCACACUCAUUAUGUCUGAAACAGGUCUGAGUUGAUGUCACAGAAAUGUUUUUUCUCAGUUUUUCUGUCAUCUGACAUAAAUGAUCCAAAGUGGUUUUUAUGCACAAAACUGAAAACAUUUAAACCUCACUGCUUUCAGUUAAACGUUGAUCACUUUUGAAAGACAAUUAAGAUUUUACGCUGACUUAGGUCACAAAAAAAUCAGAGUAAAUAAAGUUUGAAUUAGAUUAAUAUUAACAUUAUUCAUUCUUAUUAUAUAAAUCAAUUGUUUUAGAUUAGAAGCAUCUUGUCUUUAAUUAGAUCACAGUAUAACAUAAACUGUAUCCACUGAACCAGAUAUGUUGUUUGAUUCUUUAACUUUUAUCAUCAUCAGACAUCAGUUUUUGUUUGUCAGAUUUCUGGAUCUUAUGAUGAUUCUUUUAGUUUUUUGUUUUAAUUUCAGUUUUUACUCUUUACACUCAGUGGUUCAGAGGAUCAACACACAUUCUGAUUCUGACUGAUUUUAAAUCUUUAUCAUCUGUUGUCGAGUCACAUGACGUUUAUCUAAAGUGUCUCUACUGUCUGCAAUGAAUUAUGAAAAGUGGUUUUAAUCUUCUUUUAACAUUUUCUUUGAAACUCACUGUGAUAAUAUUCACACUUGAUUAAUUAGUUUCAGCUGAAAAUCAUAAUUUAAAAGAUGCUGAUUUGUUAAGAGUUUAAUUAUAUUUUAUUCAGCCUCCAUGUAUAAAGGUGGUAACUCCUGCUGCUGAUAAACUGUUUACUUUUCAUGGGUGUCAACAAAAUAUUUGUUUAUGUUGUUUUGUAAAUACUCUGACUGCCCCGAUGCUGUUAUCUUGGUGGUAAAAUAAGGGUUAAUGCGUAAAUUAAACCAGCUCUUAUAAUAAAGUUUAAACCAGAAAAAAAAUGUGACUGCAAAAUGUGGAAACUGUGUGACAUCAUCUGGAGACAAACUUUACAACUCAAA